CGCGCACCGUAUAAAACCGGGAGCAGCUCGCGCAACGGGACACACGAGUAGUACGCGCUCUGUUACGCGAUAUAUAAAAGACUGAGAUCAAUGGAGAGGAGCACCAUAUGAGCUUAGAUCUCAUAUUUACUGACUGAUAAACAAAAUAACAAGGGUUAUAAUCGUUUUUAUUUAGAAAUUAGCGUCGAGUUAUCUGGUGGCAAAGCAGGGGCGUCAGGAUGGAGGCGACGCGAGCGUUGUGGAUUCUGAGCUGCGUUUGGAUGUCGGUCCAGAGCUCGAGACUCAAGACACCAGCGUUACCCAUCCAGCCUGAGAGGGACCCCCUAAUCUCCAAAGGAGUGUCCGGCUGUUCGUUCGGUGGACGCUUUUAUUCUUUGGAGGACACGUGGCAUCCAGACCUCGGCGAGCCGUUCGGAGUGAUGCACUGCGUUAUGUGUCACUGUGAGCCGCAGAGGAGUCGGCGUGGUAAAGUGUUCGGGAAGGUGAGCUGCAAGAAUAUGAAGCAGGACUGUCCCGAACCGACCUGUGAUGAUCCCGUCCUGCUCCCGGGACACUGCUGUAAAUCAUGUCCAAAAGGUGACUCUGAGAGAAAAGAGGUGGAGUCUCUGUACGAGUUCUUUCAUGAGAAAGACGACGACCUGCACAAAUCUUACAAUGACAGAUCUUACAUCAGUUCAGAGGACGUCAGCGCCAGAGACAGCAGGAUGGAUUUUGUGGCAUUAUUGACAUCUGUGGGUAACUCCUGGCUGCCGAGCUCAAGCGGUGUCGCACGAGCACGCUUUACACUCACGAAAACCAGCCUGACCUUCUCCAUCACAUACCAGAGGUAACACACACACGCACGCACGCACGCACGCACGCACGCACGCACGCACACGCACACACACACACACGUCUGGUUUAUUAUCUCCGUGGGGACAGUCCAUAGGCGUAAUAUCUGUGGAGUUUGGAAGAAUCUGCCGAAGUUUCAUUUGAGUCAGCUGGAGGCAGAACAGCUGCGUGUUUCCAUGACGACCGAUGACAACAGGAAGGAGGAGCUAGAAGGCAAAAUCAUUAAACACCGAGCUCUGUUUGCAGAAACGUUCAGUGCCCUCCUCACACCUGAAGAGGUGCAUUCUGGGAUGGGCGGCAUCGCCAUGUUUACGCUCAGUGACACAGAAAACAAUCUGCAUUUCAUCCUCAUCCUGCAGGGACUCAUUCCACACACCGAGAAAUCAUCUGUGAGGGUUCCAGUGAGGGUGAAGCUCUCGUACCGUCAACAUCUGCUGAGGGAAAUACGGGCAAAUAUCUCUGCAGAGGAUUCAGACUUUGCUGAAGUUUUAGCGGAUCUGAACAAUCGGGAACUUUUCUGGUUGUCCCGCGGGCAGCUACAGAUCGCCGUGGAAACCGAGGGUCCGAACAGCCGCGUGAUCUCCGGAUUCAUUUCUGGCAAGACGUCAUGUGACACCCUUCAGAGCGUGAUGUCCAGCGGUUCUGCUCUGUCUCCGGGGAAAACUGGCGGCGUCGGGUCGGCCGUCUUCACUCUCCAUCAGAACGGCUCUCUGGACUAUCAGGUGCUGGUGGCCGGUCUGAGCAGAGGUGUGGUCGGCGUGACGAUCGAGAUGAAGCCGCGGCGACGCAGCAAACGCAGAGUCCUGUACGACAUCACGGGGGAUUAUUCCUCAUCGGGUGAGAGGGGCGGCGGGCGUGCGGCGGGCGUCGCCGGCCGCGUGGAAGCGCGACACAUUCACAUGCUCCUGCAGAACGAACUGUUCAUUAACAUCGCCACGGCCGAGCAGCCGGAGGGAGAGUUACGCGGACAGAUACGCACGCUGCCGUACAACGGACUGGACGCACGGAGACAUGAACUUCCGGUUCCUCUGGCGGGUCAGUUCGUGUCUCCCGCGGUUCGGACCGGCGCCGCGGGACACGCGUGGAUCUCUGUGGAUGAACGGUGUCAUCUUCACUACGAGAUCAUCGUGAACGGGCUGAGCAGGAGCGAAGACGCAUCCAUAAACGCCCACCUGCACGGAUUGGCUGAGAUCGGUGAGAUGGACGACUCGGCCACCAAUCACAAGAGACUUCUCACCGGCUUCUACGGUCAACAGGCUCAGGGUGUGUUGAAGGAUUUAAGUCUGGAGUUAUUGAGGCAUUUAGAUGAGGGUAAAGCUUAUAUUCAAGUCAGCACCAAAAUGAACCCCAGAGGAGAAAUACGAGGACUGAUUCAUGUUCCAAACAGCUGUGAGUUCCGUUCCCGCAUUGAGGUCGUGGAGGAGGCGGAGUUUGAUGACCUCGUGUUCGUCGGCGACCCGGCGGAGGUGAAGAAAGACCCGCACGCGUGUUUCUUUGAGGGAGAACAUCACGCACACGGCUCGCAGUGGACUCCUCAAUACAACAACUGCUUCACCUGCACCUGCCAGAAGAAAACAGUGAUCUGUGAUCCGGUGAUCUGUCCCGUCCUCUCGUGUCCUCACACGAUUCAGCCUGAAGAUCAAUGCUGUCCCGUCUGUGACGAAAAGAAAGAAUCCAAAGAGAAAGCUGCAGCAGAGAAAGUGGAGGAGAAUCCAGAAGGAUGUUAUUUUGAAGGCGAUCAGAAGAUGCACGCUCCUGGAACCACAUGGCAUCCGUUCGUCCCUCCGUUCGGGUACAUCAAGUGUGCGGUGUGCACCUGCAAGGGCUCCACGGGUGAAGUUCACUGUGAGAAGGUGACCUGUCCGGCCCUCACCUGCGCCCGACCAAUCAGACACAACCCUUCCGACUGCUGUAAGGAGUGUCCCGCUGAGGACACGCCCCUCCCGGAAGAUGAUGAAAUGAUGCAGGCGGAUGGAACGAGACACUGCAAGUUUGGCAAAAACUAUUAUCAGAACAGCGAGUAUUGGCACCCGAGCGUGCCGCUGGUGGGGGAGAUGAAGUGCAUCACCUGCUGGUGUGAUCACGGAGUGACGAAAUGUCAAAGGAAACAGUGUCCGCUGUUGACCUGUGAUCACCCCAUUCGACGGGAGGCUCAGUGCUGUCCCGAGUGCAUAGAAGACUUCAUGGAGAAAGAAGAGAUGCUGAAGAAAGCUGAAAAGAAGAAAAGCUGGAGACACUGACGGGGUUUUCUCAACGUUCACUAUCCUCCUGCUCCCCAGAUCAGGUCGAGUCGGACACAAGUCGAGCGACGGACGCCUGUCGAAACACACCAGCAUGAGGAUACAGAGAGGAGAUCCAGAACAAAAGGAGAGAGAGAGAGAGAGAGAGAGAGAGAGAGAGAGAGAGAAACAAGAUCUCGGAGGAGAAUUUCAGCCGUCUGAAUUUGACUUUGGCUGAUUUUCUCACGCUUGUAUACAAAAAAAAACAAAAGCUCGUCAACAAACGAACACCGUCCGCAUGACACUCGAAAUUCAGCCAAUCAGAAGGACUGUUGCCGUGCGUCUGAUUGGUGAUUUGCUGUUCACUGAUGUCAGGUGCGUUUCUAUGGUUACUGGUGUGUGUGAUAUUUCUUUUCUGCAUUUUGAUGAUUACUAUGAAUAAUGUUUGUAUUGCAUAUUUAUUAAUGAAUGAAUAAACAAUAAAGUCUUUAAAAAUGUAUUUCAU